UCUUUAUUUUCUUCUCGGCCCCUUUUCUCGUCUCUCGAGUCUUCUCCAUUUCUCGCCGGAUUCCGCCUUCGCCGCCGACCUCCUCCGGCGUCACCACUUAGCUAAAAAGCGCUUCUCUUGCCGAUUAUACGGCUCUUUGUGGCUCCUUUAAGCCCUCAUUCAAGCACCUCAGUCGCAAUUCGAAACCCUAGCUCCACGAUCCAAUUAUUUUAGCAUAAAAUUUCAAAUAAUUUAAAAACAAUGGCGGAUGAGAGGUACUUAAAGACUUGGGUCUCGGAUAAGCUCAUGUCACUCAUGGGCUAUUCUCAGAGUGUAGUUGUUCAGUAUGUGAUUCGUUUGUCAAAAGAAGCAUCUUCGCCUUCUGAUCUCGUGGCCAAGCUCGUCGACUAUGGAUUCUCGUCGUCAGCGGACACUCGGUCGUUUGCGCACGAAAUAUUCGCUAAAGUUCCUCAUAGACAAUCUGCCCCAAGUAGUUAUCAGAAGCAAGAGAGAGAAGCAGCGCAGUUUGCAAAGAAACAGAGUAGCUACAAGCUUCUGGAUGCUGAUGAUGAAGAUGAUGUGGAUAAUAACCUGACAGUGAGUACGCAGCAGGAGAGAGGCAGUGCUAAGAAGAGAUUUCGGAAGAAGGGCGAAGCCAACGAGAGUGAGGAUGAUGAUGAGCCGACUGUAGUUAAAGGCAGUGAAAGGAAUGUUCGGAAGCGGACUUCAAAGGUGGAUGAAAGUGAAGAUGAUAUUGAGUCUGAGGAGGCUAUACUACGUGAUCAAGAGGAAAGAGCACAACUAGAGAGAAACAUGAAAGAAAGAGAUGCUGCAAAGACACGACAGUUGAUGGAGCCAAAGUUAUCAAAAAAGGAGGAAGAGGAGAUACUUCGGAGAUCAAAAGCUUUUGAGGAAAAUAGUACUGUUGAUCUAAGAAAAGUUUCAAGAGAAGUAUACCUUAAGAAAAGGAGGGACCAGAAGCUUUUGGAGAUUAGGGAUGAUAUAAUUGAUCAUGAGUACAUCUUUGAAGGUGUUAAGCUGACAGAUGCAGAAGAAAGAGAACUAAGGUACAAGAAGAAGAUUUAUGAGCUUGCAAAGGAGCACCUGGAGGAUGUAGACGACACUGAGUAUAAGAUGCCUGAGGCAUAUGAUCAAGAUGGAGUUGUAAAUCAAGAGAAAAGAUUUGCUGCAGCUAUGCAGCGGUACAGAGACCCUGGUGCUGAAGAUAAGAUGAAUCCAUUUGCUGAACAGGAAGCCUGGGAAGAGCAUCAAAUUGGAAAGGCAACCUUAAAGUUUGGCUCAAAAAAUAAGAAACAAGCAAAUGAUGAUUAUCAGUAUGUUUUUGAAGAUGGAAUUGAUUUCAUCAAGGCAUCUGUAAUGGAUGGUGUCCAGUAUGAAGACGAGUUGCGAGCUGAAAGCCCUGACACGUCCAGAGCAAAAUCUGAGUUACAAAAACUUCAGGAUGACAGAAAAACUCUUCCCAUCUAUCCCUACCGCGAGGAGUUACUUCAAGCUGUCAAUGAUCAUCAGGUUCUUGUUAUUGUUGGAGAGACCGGUUCUGGUAAGACUACACAGAUACCCCAGUAUCUUAUUGAAGCUGGAUAUACAAAACACGGAAAGGUUGGAUGUACACAACCGCGUCGAGUUGCUGCAAUGAGUGUUGCUGCUCGUGUUUCGCAGGAGAUGGGUGUUAAACUUGGUCAUGAGGUGGGUUAUUCAAUUAGGUUUGAAGACUGCACUUCUGAAAAAACAGUUCUGAAGUAUAUGACGGAUGGGAUGCUGCUGAGGGAAUUCCUCGGUGAACCUGAUUUAGCAAGCUACAGCGUCAUCAUGGUGGAUGAGGCACAUGAGAGAACACUUUCAACAGAUAUUUUGUUUGGUUUGGUUAAGGAUAUUUCUCGCUUCCGGAAAGAUCUUAAGCUUCUUAUUUCAAGUGCGACACUUGAUGCUGAGAAGUUUAGCGAUUACUUCGACUCUGCACCCAUUUUUAAGAUACCGGGGAGGCGAUAUCCUGUCGAGAUAAAUUUUACUACAGCUCCAGAAGCAGAUUACAUCGAUGCUGCUAUUGUCACCGUUCUUCAAAUACAUAUAACCCAAUCUCCUGGUGAUAUUCUUGUGUUCCUCACAGGUCAGGAGGAAAUUGAGACCGUGGAUGAAAUAUUGAAGCACAGAACAAGGGGUUUAGGAACCAAAAUAGCAGAACUUAUAAUAUGCCCUAUUUAUGCUAAUCUUCCUACAGAGCUUCAGGCUAAGAUUUUCGAACCUACUCCAGAGGGGGCUCGGAAGGUUGUCUUGGCUACAAACAUAGCAGAAACAUCAUUGACUAUAGAUGGGAUAAAAUAUGUUGUUGAUCCUGGUUUCUGUAAGAUAAAAUCAUAUAAUCCACGGACAGGUAUGGAAUCUUUGUUAAUUAAUCCGAUUUCAAGAGCUUCUGCAAUGCAAAGGGCUGGAAGAUCAGGACGCACUGGACCUGGAAAAUGCUUUCGGUUGUAUACUGCAUAUAAUUAUCAUCAUGAUUUGGAAGAGAAUACUGUGCCUGAGAUCCAGCGGACGAAUCUAGCUAAUGUUGUGCUUACUCUUAAGAGCUUGGGCAUCCAUGAUUUAGUGAAUUUUGAUUUUAUGGACCCACCACCAUCAGAAGCAUUGCUUAAGGCCCUUGAGCAACUUUUUGCUCUUAGUGCACUAAAUAGCAGGGGAGAGUUAACUAAAGUUGGAAGACGAAUGGCAGAAUUUCCACUUGAUCCAAUGCUCUCCAAGAUGAUAGUUGCUUCAGACAAAUACAAGUGUUCAGAUGAGAUCAUAUCAAUUGCUUCCAUGCUCUCUGUUGGAAAUUCAAUCUUUUACCGUCCAAAGGAUAAACAAGUACAUGCAGACAAUGCUAGACUCAACUUCCACACUGGCAAUGUUGGAGAUCAUAUUGCUCUUCUCAAUGUUUACAAUUCCUGGAAGGAAACCAACUUCUCGACUCAAUGGUGCUAUGAAAACUAUAUCCAGGUGCGGAGUAUGAAACGAGCAAGAGAUAUUAGAGAUCAGUUAGAAGGGCUUUUGGAAAGAGUUGAAAUUGAGCUUACCUCAAACCCUGGUGAUUUGGAUGCUAUUAAAAAGGCCAUCACAUCAGGGUUUUUCCAUCAUUCAGCAAGGUUGCAGAAGACUGGUGCAUACCGAACUGUUAAAAAUCCUCAAACAGUAUACAUACAUCCCAGUUCUGGUCUAGCACAGGUGCUUCCCAGGUGGGUUAUCUAUCAUGAACUUGUCCUUACUACCAAAGAGUACAUGCGACAGGUUAUAGAAUUGAAACCCGAGUGGCUAGUUGAGAUUGCACCACACUACUACCAAUUGAAGGAUGUUGAAGAAUCCGGAGCAAAGAAGAUGCCUCGAGGUGAAGGUAGAAGUGCAGUAAGCUAGCAGAUUUUGGGAAUCACCGAUUUUGAUUAGUUGGAAUUUUCAGAGUUUCGUCGAUUACUUUGAGAGCCUUUAUGCAAAUGAUAGAACUGACCACUCUAAUUUGAUGGCAUCCUGGCUGAGUGCAGACAUCCAUACCAUACCCAUUCGACAGAAACAUUCCAACAAGGCAUAUGACUGCAAGGGAAAAACAAAAUUGUAUACUAUUAUGUAAAUUGAUAGAGAAGGAAAGGAGUUUUCGUUUCUUUUCCUUGCCUGGUUUUAUCGACUCAUGUAAAUUUUGUUGUAAAAGAACGUAAAUGUUGAGUUGUAAGCUACGUUAGCUUGGGCAAGCAGUUGGAAUGUGAGGCCCAAUUCUUUGAUUGAUGAAUAUGAAAUAAAUUUUGAAUGUCUUAUGAUAUGCAUCAAAGGCCAGUUGGAAAUUCAUAUUUCUCA